AUGGAUCCCUUUCAACAACUACCCCCCGAGGUUCGGCUCGAAAUUAUGAGCCACAUCCACUCCCACACGACUCUUUGGCGACUCACACAAGCAUCCCCAGCAAUGUGGAACCAGUGCGUUGUUUCCAAACCUGCUCUUCUCAAAGGGUUUGUAUCAAGUUUGGCUCAAGUUGACAAUAACAACCAGGACCUGAUCCAGGACCUGAUCCAGGAUGCCAUGGCAAUUAUUCGAUUUAACGAGUCAAUGGGAAAUAGAGAAGAGACAUUGUUUCUCUUUGAUAGAUGGCUCGUCAAAAGUCUACCUACAUUCGAAACAAACGCCGACAUUACCAAGCUACAUCGCCUCUUCGUGCGCACCAGCUUCUUUAUCGAGGACUACAUGACAAAAGCAACAUCUCCAUCCCCGACCGAAGCAUACCGCUCUCUGCCUAAUAUCACGUUCAGCAAAACACUCAACAACAGAGUAACCCUUGACGACUUGACGUUAUCUGAGAAAUAUCGUCUUUUUAGAGCUUUCUUCAAGUUUGAGGUAAUAACCAAGAUCUACGAUCCGCGACUGAAGGCUUCCAUGGAUGCAAAGUACUAUCGCGAAAAUGCUAGAGACCUGCUCAAAGAACUUGAUCCAUGGGUCCACGAGGCCGUCCUUUGUGUCUACGGCUAUGUCGAAGCUUCCUAUGGGGCCAUCUUUGCACAACUGGGGAAGAAAUACGGAGCCACCUCUUUUGUCGCCACAACAGCAAUGGUCAAACCGUUACUGUUUCCUGACAAUUUAUAUUUCUCUGCUCAUGCCCAUUUCGACGAUAUAUACCUACCCAAACAUUGCCCGUGCGUCUCAUGGUGGUUGUCAUGCCACGGAAUGGAUCUUCUUGCCCACGUACUUAUACAAACGCGUCAAACCUCUCAAAAUCCCGAUUAUCUUCUCAGCUGGUUGUACUCUAUCUCACUCGAAGUUGUUGCCCCACUCAAGACUUUCUACUACGAUAACAGGCGAAACUUGCUCGCACAUCGACCUGUUUACCUGUCAAAGCUUUUUGCACACACAGACAACUUACUUGUUGAUCAUCUUAGCCAGAUAGACGAUACGCAGGAGGAUGACAAUGACUCGGACGAUGACUCAGUCAGUGGCGAUUUCGGAUACAUGUCCGAAGAAGAGCUCCAGACCCCAAUACAGUUACAAAUAUACCGGCAGCGAGCAUGGGUACUUUGUGACAAUUGGAGAUUAUACCCAAUACCACUUUAUGAGCACUUCCCGUCCCCUGAGGAUAUUGACCAGCAACAGACAGAAGUAGUGCGCCGCUAUCCGCUUACAUGCUUGCGUGAGCGCCAGAGACGACGAUCUACAGAAUGGCAAACAUUCUGGGAAGGACGAAACCUGUUAUCGCCACCUGAACGAGCACCUAUUCAUUGGUGGGCAAUUCAGUUCGUAGAGGAUAAUAUCUACGAUAUUCCUCACUUUUACGAGAGUGCUUUUCGCGAUGGACUCAGUACCUUUUGGAGAGUCAAAAAGGCAAAGAAAGUCCAUACCUACGUUGACUAUGCCUGGAGGUUAAGUAGGAAAUAG